GACCAUUUUGGCAAUCGCAUAGCGUGAGAGUGGCAAAUCUGUCCUUCUUCUCUUCUCGAAUCUGACCUGAUGGAUGCUCCCGGCCCGCCAGGACCGAUAGGCAACUCGCUCAGCAGCACAUGAGGUGGACGCGGCCUCGUUAAGGCGCUCGAAUUGAUACCUUUGCAACGACUGUCACCAUGUACGCCAUUCAGUUCAGCCCACUUCAUCCGACGUUCGGAGCUGAAGUGACCAGUGCCGACUUUUCUCGACCUGACCAGCAUCUUGUCGACCAGCUCAAGGAGGGGUUGGCCAAGUAUGGUGUCCUUGUCUGCCGCCAGACCGGUCUAGAUGACGAUAGACACGUCGCAAUGUCGCGUCUGUUUGGCGAACUGGAUGAUGUGACGCCGUAUACCAGGCUCGGACGGAUCAAUCGUCUCAAAUAUGAUGAACUGUUCGACGUCAGUAACGUCGAUGGAGAGGGGAACAUUAUGCAACCGGAUAGUCAACGAGCGAUACUCGGUAAAGGCAACGGUCUCUUCCAUGUCGAUAGCGCGUUCAAUCCUCGCCGGGCAGGAUACAGCCUCUUGUUGGCACACGAGCUUCCACCCAUGGGACACGGUGGAAAUACAGAGUUUGCAGACACCCGAACAGCUUAUGAUGAUCUGGACGAAGCGACCAAGCGAAGAAUCCAAGAUUGGAUCCUUUGGCAUUCGCAGCAUCAUUCGAGGCGGAAAGCCAAUCCGGGUGUAGAGUUUCUUGACGACCCAAAGUUCCUGCCCGAGUCCUAUCCUUUUGGCAAACACAAGCUCGUCCAGUUUCAUGAGCCCUCAGGGAGAACCAACCUGUACAUUGCGAAUCAUGCGUACAAAGUCCAGGACCUCCCUUUGGAGCAAGGCCAAGCGGAGAUACAGAGACUGCUCAACCACGCUAGUCAGCAUAAAUACAUCUUGUCUGUGGAUUGGCGUGAUCCUGGCGAUCUCGUGAUGUGGGACAAUACAUGUGUCAUGCAUCGAGUCACAGGUGGGACGUUCGAGGGCAAGUUCCGCAGAGAUAUGAGGCGAACGACGGUCCAUGAUUCGAGUGCGUACGCCUGGGGCGAGAAUACAGUGGGAGAUACAUGGCGAUCGGGUCUACCGUAGUGAUAAGGCUGCAAUGUAUGUACAACAAUAUGAAAGUGACGGGAUCACAUGUACAUGCCUCCGCCGCCUCCGAAUCCUCCACCACCGAAGCCCCCUCCUCCACCACCACCACCACCACGACCUCCUCCAAAUCCAC